AUGGCAUCCAAACAAGGCUGGGGUACAGAUCAGAAAUGGAAAAAUCUGUUUGACAGGUUGCUUCAUGAUGAAAACAGUACAACACACAAGAACUGUUAUCUAGCAUGGCAUGAGUUGGAGAGGAGGUUAGAAAGUGAUACUGGAAUUGAUGUGAUGUCUCACAAAGUAAUCAUGAGCGAGACUGAGAAAUGGCGAAAUAUACUUACGAGGAUAAUUGAUGUAAUACUUUUUCUUGGCCAAAUAGGACUUGCUUUCCAUGGCUUAUCCCAGCGAAUUGGCGACAUUCAUAAUGAGCACAUCUUGGGGAUCAUUGAAUUUCUGUCGAAUUACGAUCCAGUCCUAGCCGAACAUGUUGCAAAGAUACGAGCUUUGCAAGAAAAUGGUGAAUGGCUUCAAGUUCACUAUCUCUCAGGAUCAUCUCAAAUUGAAUUCAUCAGUAACUGCGCAGAUUAUGUUCGGAGGCACAUUUUUGAUGAAAUAAGAGCCACAGAAUAUUAUUCAAUCAUGGUUGAUGCAACAUCGGAUUCUAGCCAUGUGGAGCAGACAACGUUCAUCAUUCGUUAUUUGGCUAAGGAUGAUACCGAAUUUGUAGUUCAAGAACGAUUUUUAACCUUUGUUGAUUGUUGUAAGACGGGGCUGAAUUAG